AUGACUCUCAAGCCGUCAAAGCGCGUCCUGUCCCUCACUUCGCUGGCCGAAAACGGACCCUACUCAUCACUGCUCGACUCGUUCCAUUCCUACUCGUUCUCGGACGUGGGAGAAAAGCGUCAGCGCAGUCGCGCGACGUUCAAAGUCGGCUGUGAAGGCGAUAAAUGCCCACUUUGCAUGCGCGUCCAUUCCCAAGUCAAGAAGGGAUCGGACUCGCAGUCCGAGUCCUCGGACGAAGACAAGUAG